AUGACAAAGUUGAGGCACGUCGAGAGAGAAGAUGAUUACAAUAGUCGACACAGUAGUCCUCCAAUACGAGGUCCCAAAAAUGCUCUUAAGACGUACCAUGAGAUGUGUGCCAAAUUAUACACUAGAAAUAUGUACUAUAAAGUGGCUAAUCAAAUCAAAGCGGAACAUGUGUACUUUGUCAACAAUUGUGAAGACAACGGUGAAUCAUUCUCCUACAGUUUAUCAAAGUUCCAACACGAGGAUAGAGUGUACAACGUUCAUUACCACCCACAAGAGGAGACAUUCACCUGUCACUGCUUGCUUUUUGAGACAGACGGCUAUCCGUGUAGACAUAUUUGGGCCGUAAUGAAAUACCGUCAUAUAAAGAUAGUACCACAGUCUCUCCUGCUGAAACGGUGGAGUAAGAAUGCAAAAGCAGACCUCCCCCUCGAACUAAAGCAACACUCCACAAAAAAGCAACAGUUAUUUGAAAUGGCUAGGCAGGCAUCCCUCGCUUUGUAUACAAACUUGUUGAGCUAUUACACUUCCAAGUCUGAGCAAUCUUACACCAAAGCAAAACAAGAAGUGGCAACACUAACUGCAAUGUUCAAGGAUGCAGUUCCAUUGGAAUCAAACACCGGUGACAACGACUCGGGACGAUAUCAAACCUAUCAAGAAAAUGAAAACAUUACCAGGGACCCAACACCUUGUAGAACUAAAGGAUCCACCUAUGCAAGAAACAAUAGGGACAAUGUUUCGAUAGAUAUGUCGGAUGGAGCCAUUAAAACUAAAAGGAAGUGUUCGAACUGUUAUUCUGCAGACCACAAUCGAAGAACAUGCCCUCAGCUGGUCGGUCUACCGCUUCCUCACAGUCAACAACCCUCACCAAGUAAGAGAGCUUAG